AAACUAACAUGCGAAAGAUUUUCAAUUAGUCAGAAAAAAGCGGUGGAGGAAAUGGGUUUUGGUUCAUUACUGAAAAUAGGAUGUUUACAUCUCAACCGGGACUUAUGUCAAACGAUUAUUGAUAACCUUGAAGCUGAAGGCGAAAUGUUGGUUUUUAAGUUUGAAGGGAGAAGUAUCCUGAUAAAUUGUAGUGAUUUUGCCCGUGUUAUGGGGCUGAAGAAUGGUGGAGAAUCUAUUGUUAACCAUACAUCUGACGUGGUAGAUGACCCUGAAUUGGGAGGAUUGAAAAAAUGUCUUCAGAAUGAUGAGGUAGUUGGUGAGAGCUUGAAGAAUGCAUUAUGUAAGAACCAGGUUGCAGACGAUGGUUUUCGUAAAUUAUUUCUCUUAUACUGUCUCUUUAUAUUGUUGUGUCCUAGUAGGCCGGACAAGGUUGAGAAGAAAAUUGUAGCUGCAGUGAGCGAUACCACUACAAUUGGUGAAAAGAAUUGGGCAUGGUUUUGCUUUCAACACCUAUUACAGGGCGUUGUCGAUUACAAAAAGAAAAGGUGCGGUUUCAUUAAGGGCUGCAUGGUUUUCUUACAAUUAUUUAUAUUUGAUUUAAUUGUAGAUGCCACUGUCAUAAGAAUCGUGAAAACAGUUGAUCCGAUUGUGUCCUGGACAUCCAGAAAUUGCAAGAAAAUGAUUAAAUGGAUGAGGGGAGACGUCGGAAUGUGUAGUAUAUUGAAUCCUGGAAGCAGCAAUCGGGUAAUGUUAAAAGGUUGUUGUAAAUCGAAAGAAAUUGAUUUAUCUGAACAAGUACGGAGGGCGAUGGAGGGGGUGGAAUGUAUUGAAAAUGAAGUAUGUGCGAUGAAAUGUUUGGUGGAUAAUUUGGAGGAUAAGUUCGAUGAGGCGACAAAGGUUUUGUGUGAAGUGGAAAAGAUAGCAGUGAAUAUGAGUGAAGUAGUAGUAAGGCGUGUCAUACUUGAGGCAGCCGGAGUUGUUUUCGGUAAGGCGGGAAACACUGGAUUGUUGUCAUCCCAAAUUGACAGGGAAGGGAAGGGUGAGUACCAUACAUCCAAAACUGACGGGGAAUGGAAGGUUGAGUACCAUACGGACACUGGUAUGGACCACACCUUGUCCAAUUAUGGGGGGUGCCAUUCACCCAUAAUUGAGGAAGUAACUGACAAAAGCUCAACAGAUGCGACUGAGGAGGUGAGCACAAUUAUAGACCCAAGAUUUAUUUAUUGUGAAUGGGAAAAAUCUUAAAUGCAAUAUUAGAAAGUUAAUUGUCGACUUAGUGUAUAUCUAUUUUGCCGUAAUUUCACGUCCAGAACCUGAAAUGGUUGAUGUUAAGUUUCGUAUUGCAUAAAAUUUGAGUUAAUUUGAUGGCAGGGUAUGCAAGAUCACGAUUGGGACAAUCUGAUUGGCAGUGAAACCCUUGAUUACCCCUGUUUGACUUCCCAGACUGGGGCCGUAAAUGAUAACCUUGUUUUCCCAUUCUCGGGGGAAAUGUCUGAGACCAAUUUGCAAUUGAUGAGAUUUUUGUUUGGUCAGUGUGAAGGACGAGCCGAAGAUAUGAGGUUAUUUGAUAGUGUUUCUUUAUUUUAUUUGUCGUAGUCAAUAAAUAACACAAAAGAACACAUGUCUAAAUAAUAAUUUUCUAUAGAUAUACGAGAAUUAUUGUGAGAAAUGAAAUUUAUACACUUCAUGGUCAAAUGGUAGUUGGUGAAAGUGGUUUUAAUUUAGCGUAUAUGUUCACCAUUUAGGUGUUUGGUUUGGAUAACCCUUUGAAAUUCAGACUUUGCAGGGACAUUAUCAUUUGGUGUGGUGAAUUAGUUAUGACGAAAGGUGAUUUAAGCUGCUUACGACCUGGAAACCCAAUAACAAGAAAGCUUAUUGAUUUAUGUGCCGCAUACUUGUACGAAGAAAAUUCCAGCUCGUGGUUCCUCCCUACUAAUUUCAGUGUACUAAGCAAUGAUGGACCAAACCAAUUAGGAGGUGGCCGGACCCUGAGUCAGAUCAUUAGUGAGUGCAGCCUCCACCGCUUUAACAGGCGCUUGAAACUUUGUUGUAAGAUUUUUAUUCCUGUACAAGACGACGUCCCGGGUCAAUGGUUUUUUAUUGUAAUUAAAUUGAAGGAUAAAGUUGUUGAAAUUUGGGACACCAUCUCAGAUCCGUUUCCAAUGAGACGGAGACAUGAGUUAGCCACUUCCGUGGUCCAGUUGGUCCAGAAGGUGUUUGCUAGUGACAUGAAAAAACCUGGUGACAUAUAUUAUAAUAUAGAAAACUUUGAUUUCUGUGCUCGAUCUUAUGAAACAGUAUUUUGUGGUGAACAUGAUUCAGGCGUUUGUUUGAUAAGGAACAUGCAGAGUUACGGUGAACCUUGGUUUGAAGGGUUUCAGUCUAAUAAGCAAAGGACUGAAAUUGCACUAGGAAUUGUGAGUAACCAGAAGAAUGAGCAAUUGAAGUCAGUUGAUGUAGCUGCUGUUUUGACCCUCAGGGCUCUUGUGGCAGAGCAAGAGGGUGUUCCAGAAAAUUAUAAUGAUACAACACGUAAUGAACGAAAGGGUCCUACCUGAAGGAAGUUACAGUCGCACCGCAAAAGAAAGGAUCGCGCCUGAUGAGGAAUAUUCCACAUGCUUACAUUGCAUUCCGCGGUUAUAAACUGGUUUUUGUUUGGCUGAUUAUUAAUUUUAGGUACUCUCGAUUUUCUUAUGUUUGACAUUCGGAUUAAGUUAUCGAUAGAGACAUCAAGUUUAAAUGUGUUAUGCGGAGGUUUUCGAAAUUCCUGAUGACAAUGAAA